CAUUAAAUUCAAAUUGUGUACAUAUGUGCGAGGAGAUCUUAUAUUGCGGUGUGUAUUAAUAGAAACAGUCUAUGCCGGCUAUUUAUUUAAUGAAGUGAAAAUGAUUAAAGCCGCAUACAUACUGUUACUGUUCGGUAUUUUUUAUCAAGUAAAUCUUAAUUUCGGCGAUUCUCUCGAAGAUGUGAAACAAUUACUUCCAAAUGAUUUGUUUGAAAUACCAUCAUCCAUAAUGGUAGUCAUAUUGGUGCGCAAUAAAGCUCAUGUUUUGCCCAUUUUUUUAACAUAUUUCGAGCAAUUGGAUUAUCCCAAAGAGCGGAUUGCAUUAUGGAUACGUUCUGAUCAUAAUUUUGAUAAUAGUAUUGAAAUAUUAGAAGCAUGGUUGCAAGUUGUUCAAUCGGAAUACCAUAGUGUUAAUGUAGAAUUUGAUAACACCAAGCAUCAACAUGAGAAUGAAAGUUCUUCAUUUGACUGGCCUCGGACACGUUUCGAGCACGUUAUCAAACUUAAAGAAGAAGCUUUAAAAUAUGCUCUAAAAAUCUGGGCUGACUAUAUAUUUUAUUUGGAUGCUGACGUCUUGCUAACAUCACCAGCAACUUUAAGGAAUUUAGUCAAUCUGAAAUUACCUUUGGUAGCGCCUAUGUUAUUAUCGGAAAGCUUAUAUUCCAAUUUUUGGUGCGGCAUGUCUUCUACCUAUUACUACAUACGCACUGAUGAUUACAUAAAAAUAUAUAAUGUUAAAGAGGAAGGUAUCUUCAAAGUAAUGAUGAUACAUAGCGCUGUUCUUGUAGAUCUUAACUAUAGAGGAGCUCAAUAUCUAACUUUUGAUCGUGAGCAAUUUCGGAGGCAACAGAAAAUCGAUUUACAUUGGUCUUCGACGCUAGGACCAUUAUGUCGGCGUCCCUAUGAAGGCCCUCUUGACGAUAUAAUCGUAUUUGCAAUGUCGGCAAAUUGUUCGAAAAUACCCUUGUUUGUCACCAAUGAAUUGCCAUUUGGUUAUAUUUUGCAACCUUUAGAUUCGAGUGAUUCUUUGAGUCAAGACUUGAAACAACUAAUAAACAUUAAAACGAACAUUAUCCACGAUUUCGAGGAAAUUAAAGAGGUUGAUGAUUAUUUAAAGAAGUAUGAACCUAGAGUAGAAAAAGAUACGAUGUCAUUGGAUCACAUUUAUUUAAUUAAUUUGGAACGCAGACCGGAAAGGCGUAAGAAAAUGCUGAAACUUUUUGAAAUUUUGGGUUUGGAAGUAGAAUAUUUUCCCGCAAUUGAUGGCAAAAAGCUCGAUCAUAAUAAAAUACAAGAAAUGAAUAUCAAAUUUAUGCCAGGCUAUGAAGAUCCGUAUCAUCAUCGUCCAAUGACAAUGGGUGAAAUCGGUUGUUUCCUAAGCCAUUAUUAUAUCUGGCAAAACAUAGUAGAAAAAAAGCUCGAUGAAGUUUUAAUACUAGAAGAUGACAUACGUUUUGAACCUUAUUUUAAAGAAAACGCUGAGAAGAUUAUAACACAAGCUCGCAGCUUAAAAGAAUAUGAUUUAAUUUACUUUGGACGUAAACGUUUAAAAGAUGAAUCUGAGCCUCCUGUAAAGGGUACCGAUAAUCUACUGCAUGUUGGCUACUCAUAUUGGACUUUAGGUUAUGUUUUAACCUUAAAGGGUGCUAAAAAAUUGAUAGACGCUCAGCCAUUACAGAAUCUCUUGCCAGUAGAUGAAUUCUUGCCUAUUAUGUUCGAUAGACAUCCCGUCAAAAAUUGGUCCUCAGUAUAUCCAAAACGCGAUCUUAUAGCCUACAGUUCUACCCCAUUACUUUUAUAUCCAUCGCAUUACACGGGUGAUGUAGGUUAUAUAUCUGAUACUGAAGAUUCUGUUUUGCUUAGUAAUGAGCCUUCAUCGAAUUAUACGCAGUUCAACCAAGCUCAGUUAAAGAGCGACCGCGAAUUAGAUUUUAUGCAGAUAAAGCAUGAAAGUACGCAAUCGCAUGUCAAGUCAUCUUCCAAAGACGAAUUGUAGUAUUCCAAAGCGAGGGACCGAAAUCGAACCUUCCACAUUUUGCAUAUUACUCGCAAUUUUAAAGCUAAACCAAAUAUUAGUAUUUAACUUUUGUUUCUUCUUUUUUGUUUUUCUUAAAAACUCA